UGUGGAGUAAAUCAUAUCAUUUUAAAGAGAAAAUACAAAAUAUUCAUUAAAGUACAGGAAAAAAAUAUUAGCAAUGACUGAAUCGAGAGAAAAAAUUAAAUAUCUAGUCGCCGAUACAACAGCUUUCAUUAAUGCCGUGCAAUUGAAUGAUUAUGCUGAAAAUAUUCUAACAGCUCCCGAUGUAGUAAACGAAGUACGAAAUAAAAGACAAAUUCGACGUCUCUGUGUUUUGCCAUAUGACCUGCAAGUACGUGAACCACGAACGGAAAGUGUCAAGCACUGCGUCGAAUUUGCCAAAAAGACUGGUGAUUAUGCAUCAUUGUCGGGCAUCGAUAUUAAGGUUAUUGCUUUGGCGUAUGAACUGGAAGCCGAUAAUGUGGGUACUGAUCACCUCAGGAAGGAGCCGGUAAUGCCACAGGUUGUUGCAUCCAAAGAAAAACCCCAAGAACUACAGGAUAGUACAAAAUUGCCGGGUUGGUAUAAUAAUGGUGGUAAUACUGAUUCCGAAGAUGAUGACGAGGAAGCUGAGGAAAGCAAUGGUGAGGAAGAUAACGAACAGGAAGCGGAAGGAGAUAAUGUGGACAAAGUAAAAGAAUCAAUAGAAAAACAAAUUGAAAACCCAGAUGAACAACAGGAUGUGCCCGAGGUGACGCAAGAGGAGCUGGAGGCAUUAUUCGAAAAACUGAAAUGUGAAAAUGCUGAAGAUGAUGCCAAUUGUGAUAUAUUGGUACCACAAUCCAAAGAAGAUGAGGAGGCCGAGGAUGAUGAUUCCGAGAGUGAAACAAAUAAUGACCAAAAAGAUUUGAAGUCACCAAAUAACUCAGCUACUAAAGGAGACGAAGAAAAAAAUUACAAUGGCGUUGAAGACGAAGAAGAUGAUGGCGGCUGGAUUACACCUUCAAACAUAAAGAAAGUCAAAAAAUCGAUGGAGGGCAAAGUAGAGGCGGAUAUUACACCACUGGUUGCAUGCAUGUCUACCGAUUAUGCUGUACAAAAUACUUUGAAACAAAUGAAUCUAAAUAUUUGUGCCCUCAAUGGGCGUGUCAUUAAGCAUUUGCGUACCUAUAUUCUGAGAUGUUACGCCUGUUUCAAAACCACUUCUGUUAUGACCAAAGUAUUUUGUCCAAAUUGCGGUAAUAAAACACUUAAACGGGUAGCUGUUAGCCUGGAUGAGAAUGGCAAACAGGUGAUACACAUAAACACCAGACGUCCCCUGACAACAAAAUACAAAAAUCAAAGUAUUCCCCUUUUCCGUGGCGGUAAACAUUCACGUAAUCCCAUACUUUUUGAAGAUCAACCCAUGCCACGUCAAAUGCCUUCCCGUGUUGCCAAGACUAAAACGAAUGCACUGGAAGAAGAUUAUAUUGCUGGCUUUUCUCCUUUUGCAAUGCGUGAUGUUGAUUCCAAGUCAGCCAUGUUGCGUGCCAAGGGGCAUGUCAAGGAAUGGGCUCGCAAUAACACCUACGAAGAAGAUAGGCGCCGUAAACAUUAUAAUCGUUUGUAUAAGUAAAUAUUAAUGUAUAAUUCUAUUUUAAGAUAUAUAAUUUUAUCUUUCCCUUGGAUUUUUUAUUGUGAUUUACGAAAGUGUAAAUAUAUAAAACGAAAUAUAUAGUUGAAUAUUUAAGUUAAA